ACGAGGUGGCACCUCCUCCACCGCCUCCGGCGAGCGAGGAGGCUCGCGGGGACGAGGGAGGCAGCAAGAAGUUUCGCGCUGCGCGGGACGAUGGCGCUGGCAUCGCAGAGCAGUCGCCAUUACAGAAGAAAAAAUUUGAGCGACACCGAAAACAGGAAGCGCAAGAGGGAAGCGGCCAAGACGAAGGAGGAGAAGCCCAGGGGCAGGAAGCGGCUGCGCUCCGAAGCGGAGGAAGCGGAGAGGGAGGGUGGUGAAAAGGUCGGGAAAGCCGACGGGAAAAAACCCCCGCAGAGAGAAGAGGGAAGGAAGGACUCGGCGAGGGAGCAGAGGGGACGGAGAGAAAAAGAUGAGGACGAGAAGAAGAGGAGGAAGAAGAAGAGCGAUGGGGAGCGGCAGAAGGAGGCGAAGGGGGAGGCGAAGGAGGAGGUGAAGCCGGAGAAGAGGUGCGCAAGGACUAAGGGGCAGUCCUCCGAGGCGGCGGAGAAGCGUAAACGCGUGAAGGAGGAGGAGGAGAAGUCCAAGUGGAAGUGGUGGGAGGAAGAGAAGCGUGAGGACGGAGUCAAGUGGACUUUCCUGGAGCACAAGGGGCCGCUCUUCUCCCCGGAGUACGAGCCCUUGCCGCCUGCUGUCAAGUUCUACUACGACGGCAAAGAGGUGAAGCUGAGCGUCGCGGCGGAGGAGGUGGCCACGUUCUUCGCGAAGAUGCUGGAGCACGAAUACACGACACGGGACGUCUUCCGUGAGAACUUCUUCAGGGACUGGAGGAAGGAGAUGACGAAAUCGGAGCAGAAGAUCGUCAAAGACCUGGACAAGUGCGACUUCAGGGAGAUGCUGGAGUACUUCAAGGCCCAGCAAGAGGAGCGCAAGAACAUGCCCAAGGAGGAGAAGCAGGAGCUGAAGAGGAGGAACGAGGCGCUGCUGGAGGAGUACGGCUACUGCACCAUGGACGGGCACCGCGAGCGCAUCGCCAACUUCCGCGUGGAGCCGCCGGGGCUGUUCCGCGGGCGCGGCGAUCACCCCAAGCAGGGCAAGCUGAAGCUGCGGCUGCAGCCCGAGGACGUCAUCAUCAACUGCAGCCGGGACUCCAAGGUGCCCGAGCCCCCCGCGGGCCACCGGUGGAAGGAGGUGCGGCACGACGGUGCGGUGAGCUGGCUCGCCAGCUGGACCGAGAACGUGCAGUACCAGAACAAGUACGUGAUGCUCAACGCCAGCUCCAGGGUCAAGGGGGAGAAGGACUGGCAGAAGUACGAGGUGGCACGGGAGCUCAAGGGCUGCGUGGCGCAGAUCCGCGAGCAGUACCGCAGGGACUGGAAAUCGCGCGAGAUGAAGGUGCGGCAGUGCGCCGUGGCUCUCUACUUCAUCGACAAGCUGGCGCUGCGUGCUGGUAACGAGAAGGACGAGGGCGAGGCGGACACGGUGGGCUGCUGCUCGCUGCGCGUGGAGCACGUACGGCUGCACGAGACGCUCGAUGCGCAGCACAACGUCGUCGAGUUUGACUUCCUGGGCAAGGACUCGAUCCGCUACUACAACAAGGUCCCCGUGGAGAAGCGGGUGUUCAAGAAUCUGCGCCUCUUCACGGAGAACAAGUGCCCGGGGGACGAACUGUUCGACAGGCUCAACUCCAUGAUGCUGAACAAGCACCUUCAGACACUGAUGGACGGACUCUCGGCCAAGGUGUUCCGCACGUACAACGCCUCCAUCACCCUGCAGGAGCAGCUCGCGGAGCUCACCAAACCGGACGACUCGGUGGCCGCGAAGAUCCUAUCGUACAACCGCGCCAACCGCGCAGUCGCCAUCCUGUGCAACCACCAGCGCACGCCGCCCAAGUCCUACGAGCAGUCCAUGGCCAACCUGCAGGCCAAGGUAGGCGCCAAACAGGAGCAGCUGCGUGAGGCGCGAGACGAUCUGGCGAAGGCAAAGGUCAACCUGAAGCGGCACGACGAUCCCAAGAUGCAGAAGAUCGUGGAGGCAAAGCAGAAAGCCGUGGAGCGGAUCGAGCAGCAGCUGGCCAACAUGGAGGUAGCCGUCACGGACAAGGAGGAGAACAAGCAGAUCGCGCUCGGCACCUCGAAGCUCAACUACCUGGACCCUCGCAUCUCCGUCGCCUGGUGCAAGAAAUUUGGAGUUCCGAUCGAGAAGAUUUACAACAAAACGCAGCGCGACAAGUUUGCCUGGGCCAUGGCGAUGGUGGAUGCGGAUUACGUCUUCUAGCCACUCCUCCUCCCGCCCUGCCUCCUCCCAGCGGUGACAUCAACCUUCACCGCUUCUCUCGUUACGUUCCCCCCCCUCCCCCCACCCACCACCACUACCCACCACUACCCACACCACGUUCGCGGAUUCGGUGACCCCGGAGUGGAGAGCGCGGUGACUCUCAAGCCCGUUUCGCCCGCCGGCGAUACCCGCGGAGACGUUCUCCCCCCCCCGCCCCCCCCCCUAUCCCUCGCCGAGCGCAAGAUGAAAAUUACCGCACGGGGGAGCCGUGCCGGCGCUCCCGAGCCGGGCCCUGGCGUCAUCGCCGCUGACGCCAAAUGAGGGGACCGGUUUGCUUCCCGUAAAUGGCCGCAGAGCGCCGGGCCGCCCCGGUUUGCCCAGAGCCGAUGAUUGCGCGUUUGCCGAGAAGGCGGAUUCCACUGUGUAACCACCGCGCAUUUAUCGGUUUGGGUUGGUUGUAGUUUUGUUGUUGCACGGUCGGGGGGUGGCAGGGGGGCCCCGGUGGUCACGCUCGUGGCCUACACACAGCAAAGAAGGGCCUGGGUUCGACUCCUAUCUCGGGGUGGGGGGGAGGGAGGGGGGGGGGCGCCUUUCUGCGUGAAGUUCUUCCUCUGCUGCUGCAUGGGUUUCCUCAGGAGGUUCUCGGAUUUACUCCCAUGGCUUAACAACACAAUCCCCACUCGCACAAUGCAACCGCUGUUGGCCAUGAAAUAUCCGACGUUGAGCAAUUAACCACAAAUCACUCAAUUGAGAUUCCAGACGGCAGCAAUAUUACACCCCCCCAUCCUCCUCCUCCUACUGCGAACGUUCGGCAGGGCCCUCCUGGUUAAACAUUCUUUAAGCUCUGUGAGGUUUUUUUUCCUGGGUAAACAAGCGGAAUCGUAUUUCGGUACGUACGUGUGUGUGUGUGUGUAUGCGUGUG